UACUUAUUUUUUAUUUAACUAUAAAUUUUUUAAAUAUAUGUUUAAUUUAGUAUUUAUUUAUUCUAAUUAUUUUGUGGAGCCUCAAAAGGUCUCUUUUAUUAGUAUAGACUAGAUUUUACAAUCGCGCUACGCGCGAAUCUGUAUUAAUAAUUUAAUUUAGUUUUAUAAUAACUUUUAAACUAACACUUUAAUUGAUUUAUAUAAUUUUAUUAUUUAAAAUAUGAUUUGUUUAUUUAAAAAUUUAUUUUUAUUUAUAAUUAUACCCUGUUAUUAUCUAUUUAGUUACUUGUAUUUAUAGAUGCAAUAAUCAUUUUUAUAAACAUAUUCAUAGUUUUUAAAAAUAUUAAAUUAUAUUUUAAAAUAUUAUGUAGAUUACUCAAUGCUUGUAAGUUGUUAAUACAUUAUAAUAUUUUAUCAGAAAAUUAUAUAUAUUUUAUUUGAAUAAUAAGCGAUUAAACUAUCCGCAAAAUAUCUAAUUUUGCUUUAUAUUCAGAAAAACUUUAUAAUUAAUGUGUGAUUUUUAUACAUAUAUAUAUAUGUAAUAAUAUUUCGAUUUAAAAUUUAAUCGCUACAAAUAUUUUGAUGAACUUUAACUAAUAUUAAAUCAUCUUUGUAAGAUUAUAUAAAUUUAAAGUAAAUAUAAUGAAUUAAAAAAAUGGUAAGUAACAUUUUAUUUUUUGAAUUAAUAAUAUAGAGAACCUAAAGUAUAAUAUUUAUCUAUUACUUGAUCUAGUUAUUUAGUUGUAUAGUAGUGAAGCUUGUAUGAUUGUAUAAUGCAUCACAAUAUAUCAUAAUUUACUUUUUUUUAUUGAACAAUAUUAUUUUGGUACGAUAGAUAAUAUAUGUUUGUAUCUGAGUUUCCAUGAAUAUUUUUAAGAUCAUUUAUAAACAAUUAUAUAAUUUGAUAAAAUAAUAAUAAUUCUAGUUGCUAAAUGCUGGCAAUAAGAUAACAAACGUCUUAGAUAGCGUACUCAUUGUAAUCUUGAGAUUUUUUUAAAUGUUAUAAGUUUGUAAAUUUGUAUGUUUUUAGUUUGUUGAUGAUAAAUUCAUAUUUAUUAUUUUUUCUGUCAUUCUUUUAUGUUAUCUUUCAUGCUAAUAUAUUGUUGGUCGUCCUUAUAAUUUUAUUAAAAAUCUUAACUAACUUAUUUGACAUGCUUUCUUAGAUUUUUUUAUUUUAUUCUAACUUGUAAACAUUGUUCUCUAAAUAUUUUCUUCAACAUAACUCAACAUGGAGCAUCUUAAACUUUAUAUGUUAUAUGAGGUGUAUCAGACUAAUGAUUAUAAGAAUUCAUCAUUUAAUUUGCAUUAAUAAUAUAAUUUUUAAGAAAUCUUGUGAAUCACAUCAUGUUAGCUUUAUUUCAGUAUAUCUUAUUUGUUUAGUUUCUAUGAAAAUUUUGACUGUAACUGACUAAAAUAAUAUUUGUACAAAAAUAAAAUAAUAGUGCUGAUUAAUAUUAAAAAUUUUAAUAGACAAAUAAAUUCGUUAGUUUUUUGAUGGAUUAAAAUAAUUUGAAACUCAUAAAUAAAUUUUGGAACGAAUGUAAAUUUCAAAUAUUUUUCUUAUAUUGAAAUUAUUCUCUACUCUAUCCGAUUUUUCGGUGUGAUACAUUUUUCGUCUAUUAGAUUUUGUCUUUCGCUUUGUAUGUCUACAUUCCAUCGCGGAUGUUUUACAUUUUUCUUUGCACUAAUUUUCAUUUACCGUUAUUGUUCACAUUCACUUCAAAUCCUAUAUUCCUGACGCUUUGCUUGUUCAUGAAGAUUAUGUUUGGUUUUUCGAUUUGGAUAUAAUUUAAGAAAAUACAUUUGUAUUUAUAGAUGGAAUCAUUAUGUUUAUAAACACAUUAAUAGUUUUUGAAAUGUUAAAUUAUAUUUUAAAAUAUUAUGUAGAUUACUCAAGUCCUAUAUUCUUGAUGCGUUCCUUGCAAGUCAUAUACUCUUGACGCGUUCCUUGUUCAUGAAGAUUAUGUUUGGUUUUUCGAUUUGAAUAUUAUUAAAGAAAACACAUUUGAUAUUGAUUUAACUUAUUUUGAAAAUACACUUUUGAAAUUUUAUUUUGAAGAGUAUAUUUUUAUUUUGUGUUCCUGGAAGGAAAAAUAUUGUAUCUAUAUCUAUGAAUCAAUUUAAUUUUAAUGAUUUAUAUAUUAGUUUACCUUAUUUGAUGUUGAAUUUCAUUUUGUAUUAUCAAUUUUGGAAAUUUUAACAUUUUAAUAAUACUAAACUAUAUUUAUGAUUUUUCAUAUUUUGAUUGUUUUUUUCUAAUCCUAUGUGUAUACUCUCAAUGACUUAUAUCCUCAUACAUAGUAUAUGUUAUUUUUGAAUAUUUUCAAUAGUAUAUAGCCUAAACUUUGAAAACCAUGAGUUAAAUUAAUUUACUUAUAAUUGUUUGAAAGUCUUGUAUUCUCAAUAUUAAUUCUUAUUUUGUAUUUUAUUUUAAUGUUACAUUUUGAGAAAUAUUAUAUAUUAAGUAAAUUUAACUAUAAUGUUUUACUUUUGUUAACUUACCUUGUUUAAUGAACAACUUCUUAUUAAAACCCUACUCGAGGUCGUGAAAUACCAAGGAAGAAGCAGAAGCAACCAUAAUUUUGAUUUCUUUUUUUUUUUCACUAUCUAUCACUUUCUCAAAGUAAGCAGAAGCAAUCAUAGUUUAGACUCUCUUGGAAACUAAGACAAUUAUUUAUAAUCACACAAUACUUCAUAUCUUAUAAAUUAGAAAGUUUCUUAUUUUAUAUAUUAGUCAAAAAAGUUUUAAUUGUUUUUGUUAUUUUAACUAUUUUAACAUUAAAAUAUAUCUAAGAAGACAUAUUUUUUUGUUAAUAUUACUAAUUUCUAUUAAAUUUAACAUAUUUUUUUUGUUAAUAUUACUAUUUUCUAUUAAAUUUCCAUUUUACUUUAAUAGUUAGCAUUUUUUAGUAAGUUAUGAAAAGUUAAUAUCUAUUUUGUUAGUUUAGUAUAUUGAUAUAAUAGUAAUUUUGUUUUUAAAGAUUAUUUUUAAUAUUAACAUUUUUAAAAAGAUAAUAAAUUAAGAUGUUGAUUUGUCAUAUUUUGAUUGGUGGUUUAAUAUUCUACGUGAACGCUCUUAAUAGCUUAUAGCUUCAAUUUUUAUAUAGUAUAGAUUUAUUAAUUGGAUUAUUCUAUAAAUAUGUUAAAAUUUGACUUUUGGAAAUUCAAUUUUUAGUUUUCUGCCUACAAAUUAACGUUGAGUCAAAAAAAAAAAAAGGUCUCUAGGGAAAAUUAGCUUAUUUUGAAAUGUUAAAUGGGCCUACGAUGGCCCAUUAUACAGCCUACGGCGAAGUCACGGCGCCGUAAAACGAAAACCCCAAGUCGGUCGGAGGAAGUGAGCAACCACAAGGAACAGUCUCUGGCUACGAAAAUGGUCCAGCCCCGAUUCGUCCGUCCGUCGCCAUCAUCGCCUUCCUCCGGCACCGGAGAACCCAACUCAUCCAAUCUGUACGUCGCGAAUUGCGGGCCGGCGGUUGGACUUUCGCACGACGCGAUAGGGGCGGUGUUCUCUGCUUUCGGUGAAGUGAAGGGCGUCUUCCCGGCGGACGAGAGCGGCGUUCGUGUCAUCGUCUCUUUCGCGGAUCCGUUCUCAGCGAAAUCCGCUCUAGAAGCCUUGAGUGGUCGGCCAUGUCCGGACCUCGAUGGAAGGACUUUACAUAUUCGAUACUCUGUUCUUCAGUUACCUUCCCAGGUGAAUGAAUGCGUCCCAGUGUCUUUGUCUGAUUCAGAUUUGAAUAUCCCAGGGCUCUUCCUUUUACCUGAUUUUGUCACUGCUGAAGAAGAACAGCAAUUGCUUGCAGCUGUUGAUACUCAACCUUGGAUCGAUCUAGCCAAACGGCGUGUUCAACACUAUGGAUAUGAGUUCUGUUACGGGACAAGAAAUGUUGAUACCAAGAACCGUCUCGGAGAGCUUCCACCGUUUGUCUCUCCUAUACUCCAAAGAAUCUCAUUGUUCCCGAACCUUGACUAUGAUCCAGCAAGCUUGAAUCUAGACCAGUUAACGGUAAAUGAGUACCCAUGUGGUGUGGGUUUAUCACCUCACAUUGACACACAUUCAGCGUUUGAAGAUUGCAUUUUCAGCCUUUCCUUAGGUGGUCCUUGCAUUAUGGAGUUCAGAAGAUACUCUGCUUCCACAUGGAAAGCAGCAUCAACCACCACCGAUGACGACGAGAAGCAAGAUAGCUCCACUUGCAUCAAGAAAGCUUUAUAUCUUCCUCCUCGGUCUAUGCUCCUAUUAUCCGGGGAAGCUCGUUACGCUUGGAAUCAUUACAUUCCACAUCACAAGAUUGACAAGGUGAAGGAUAAAGUGAUCAGGAGAAGUCCGAGAAGGGUAUCUUUCACAUUGCGGAAGGUGAGAAAUCAUCCUUGCAGGUGUGAGUUCCCACAAUACUGUGACUCUCAACAACAAACAUAACUGGUUGCAAAGGAGAAAUUAAGUGAAAUGAUUUUUGAAAUGUAGAAGUUUGAGUAUCAAACUCUCAACAAUACUACCAAUUAUAGAGAACAGUAUGCACGAUAUCAAAUGAUUCAAACAGUUGUUUUGUAAUUUGUAAUAUCAAAUUGCAAAGAAAAAAAAUUCUAAUUAAA